UAUGAUUGUCAAAAUUAUAAUGACGUAUUUUCAAUUUUGAUCACGUGAUACUGUAAAUUAACCGCCAAAAUGAUUGUCACUGUCAUUUUCAGCAGGUCGGCAUUUUUCUGAAUCUCUUUGUAACGUAUUUCUUUCUGUUAACAAUUAAACGUGUUUAUUACAACAAACUUAGAUAACUUUCUACUUCAAGCAUAUAGAUUGUUAUAAAAAACCGUAACAUUCGUAAUGGCUAAGGUGCAUAUAACCAAUGUUGUUGUACUUGACAAUCCUAGUCCUUUUUUAAACCCUUUCCAAUUCGAACUAACUUUCGAAUGCAUAGAAGAGCUAAAGGAAGACUUAGAAUGGAAAAUGAUUUACGUCGGAUCAGCUGAAACAGAGGAGCAUGAUCAAGUAUUAGACACAAUUUACGUUGGCCCCAUACCAGAAGGGCGGCACAUGUUUGUCUUUCAAGCACCUCCACCAGACGUUAACCGAAUUCCCGAGAAUGACGCGUUAGGCGUAACAGUUGUCCUUUUAACAUGUUCAUAUAGAGGCCAGGAGUUUGUCCGCGUCGGUUAUUUUAUAAAUAAUGAAUACAGUGAAUCAGAACCCGAAUUACGUGAAAAUCCUCCAGCAAAACCGCAAUUCGACAAAGUAUUAAGAAAUAUUCUAGCUUCAGAACCUAGAGUUACACGAUUUAAGAUCAAUUGGGCAGAACCAGAUGCAGUACCAACAGAUUCUGGUGAUGGAAACAUAGAAUCAACUCAUGCGCCUAGCAAUGAUUCUUAUGGGGCAUCUUUCAAUGCAGAUAGUCAAAUAAGUGGUAUAGAAUUUCAAGGAAGCCUUAGCGGAUAUGGUGAUAACUCCAAUUCUAUUGCUCCUAUGGAGUGCUGAGAUUGUAUAUAAAACAUAAUGAAGACUAAAUAUGAGCAAGUGGGUCAAAAACUAAAUGACUGUUGUGAUAAUGUUUGUGAAAUAAUUCGAGGUAAUACUAUAAAGUGAGGUGUUAUUUUAAAUGGUAUAUACAUCCAUGAGUUUUCUGGCAAAAGUGAAUAUAUCAGUGUUAUGAUUUUUUGAGAGGAAAUAGGAGUCAAUCAUAAAAGUUUUCAUUGUUAGCUUAACAGGCAAUGUAAAUUUUUCACUGAUAUUAAAAUUUAUUAUUUAUUUUCCAAUAUUACAAAAGUCUUUUUUUAGUUGGUAGCUUUAUACAAAUCUCACACUGACUAGUAAAUUUUUAAUAGUCAGGGAAUUUCAUCAUUAUAACUCCAAUCUGUAUUUGUGGGCCAGGUUUUGAUUAAGAUGUAAUCUGGAGGAUACAACAUUCACAUCAAUAAUAAUAUACUUUAAUAGCCUUUAUUUAUAUGAUUGAAAAUACAUGCAAUUAAAGUCACUUUUGGAAAUAUUGUCUAUAUCUUUAAACCACCCUUAACAAACACCCAAUGAUUUUAAAUUAUGGAACAGCAAGAUUUAUUACCUUUAUCAUCACAAAACAUAUGGUAACUGUUGAUUCUAAAUCUUAUUGCAAUUGAUUGAUUAUGCAUUGGUAUAGCAGCUGUGCAUCAUAUGGUCACAUUACUUUCUAUCAUAAUUUGUUAAAAUAGGCCUAAUGUCAACUUUCAUUUACUGCUAUCAAAGGUAAUGCCAAUUGCUAUCAUAAUAAUAUAAACAAGUUUCAGUGUAUUUAAGUGUGUAACAAAUUGUAGAUAUGUUAUUUUUUAAUAUUAGGCUAAUAAAAAUAUAAUGUAAA